AUGGAAAAAGAGCCAAAAAAUGAGGAAAAUGAGGAAUUAUUUACCGAAAAAGAAGGCGAAAUUGUUGAAAAAGGGGCGACAGAGUUGAGUUCUGAUGCUGUUUUGAGCUCAUAUGGUAAGAAAAUGCACUGAAUCUUGUUGUGCUACCAUAAAUGCGUGUUAUAUAUAUUUAAUUUUUGAAUAAUUUUUCUUCUUCUUCGACUUAUUGUUAAUCAUCAUGGAUAAUAUAAAUUUAGGUGACAGAAACCCAUAUCAGCUAUGGGUAUUCUUUGCCAUGGCAAUGUGUUGGUGUUAUAUCGCGCCUGCAGGGCUUUUGGGACCGUUUGCCAUCGGUGACAUGUGCAUUAAUGCAACUACGUGUAAUAUUACAGUAGGAAGUGUGAUAGAGGAAGUAAGUCGAAUUUGGGUUGAUAAUUGUGGAUAAUUUAGCCAAUUGUGACGUUAAUCGAUAGCGGAGGUCUUACGACGUGUUAUGGUAAAAGACUCAGAAAAUAAUUUUGAUUUUUUUUUGGAAAAAUUGAAGUUUAGUUUACAUACUUCUUUGUGAUCAACAUAGUGUGAUUUAGAACCAAUUUUCUAAUUUUAAGAUGCUGAUUUUCACCCUGGUUUAUUUUCCAGAUUCUAAAAUUGAUCUCAGAGAUUCCAUUGGUGAAUAAAUCAAAAUUUUCAAUCAUGCCCUCAGGGCAAAAUUCACAUUUUUUCGAAAAAGUCAUCAAAAUUUUCGAAUUUUUGCCAUUUUUCAUUUUUCCGGUAUUUUGACCCAAUGUAUAGCUCAAAAUGAAUCGAAAUUACAAGUAGUAAGUGUCUGCAGCCUCCUAAUCUACGGAUAAGAUAGAAAUCAAGCAGUCUUUUCGUUAAUUUUAACCAAAUUUUAGUUCAAUCUUGUUGGUGACAACGCUUAUGCGGCUGAAAUGGCGAUGACCAUCCCUUCGCUAGGAAACAUGAUUGGAUCUACCAUUCUUUCGCAUGUUUCCGAUGUGUAAGACAAAUUUUUUAUUUUUCAUCAGCUUUAGUGCCUUUUGGAAGUUACAAAGCACCCUAAAUUUGUUGCAGAAAGGGCCGAAGACCAGUUCUAUUGAUUUGCAUUGUUGGAUUUGGGAUUUUCGAUUUGUUCUCAGCAUUCUCUCCGAAUAUUUAUGUUCUCUCUUUCUUGUGGAUGAUGCGAGGAGUCUUCUCGUCGGUAAUUUUAUGUUUAGUUGUGUUUUUUUGGGGAAUGAUAUUAUUCUAGACCAUUAUAUGAGGUAAGUGUUUAAAGUAAUAUAUUGUUGGCAUUAAAUCUAAACAGUGAUCUAUUGGUUGUCCUAGGUGGACAUCAAAAUGUUAUUUGAAUAUGAUUUUUUUCAAAAAUUGAGCCUUCUUUUUAUUCUUACACGUUUUUUGAGUUUUUUGGUCGAAUGAUUUUAAAGGGUUCUUAAUGCCUCUAGGGCAGGAAUUUGGAAAAAUUUGAAAAGCGAUUUGAAUACCACUUUCUUAUGCUAUAAAGUGGUAUACAUUUCAACUUUUAUCUCCCAAGAAAAGCGCAUUAAUUUUGCCUUACUUUAGCCGGAUCCCUAGUAUAAUAUAAUCCUUCCAUUUCCAGGGUCUCGGAACGAUAAAUUGGGUUCUGGCCUACGAAUCCGCCUCCAUGGGGCUUCGACCUCUUUUCUCUUUGAUUUUUGGUAUAACCUGGGUUGUUGGUUAUGUUGCCGUGCCCCCUUUAUGCUACUACAUCCGUUAUUGGAGACAUCAGCUUCUUUUCACGGCAAUUCCCCCAUUAUCAUCUGCUGCUGUGUAUUAUUUUACGGUCCCAGAGAGCUUCCAUUUGUGUGUUGUGAAAGGUCGAACAGCCGAAGUUAAACGAUGGUAUCAACGGAUGAAUACUUUUUCGAGAUUCAAAAGAGAAACGGGGGAAGUUCAGAAGCUAAUAGAACAACAUCAAGAGCAUAAAGUGAAGGGAAAUGAAGCUGAAGUGGUUACUAAAGGCUUGAUUAGUGGAAUUAUGCAUAACCGACUGAUUCAACUGUAUAUUGUGGUCUUUGCCUACACUUGGUAUGUUGUUAAAAAAAGAUGAUAAAAAUGAUUUUGCAGGGCAACCGACUCCUUUGUCUACAGUGGCCUCCACAUCAUCUCCACUUCUUUGGCGGGCAAUAAGUACUGGAAUUUUGCGCUAGGCGGUCUGAUCGAGAUCCCUUCGUAUCUCGUGUGCCCUUAUCUGUUGGAGACUGUAGGGCGGCGCGCAUUUGGCGCCUCAACUCAUCUGUUGACCUUUAUUGCUUUCAUGGCCACGGUUUUUAUCGACAACGCAAUGGCCUCGUUUGUGUGCUGGCUGAUUGGGAAGUUCGCAAUAUCCUGCGCGUUCACUGCAAUUUUUGUUUACGCAUCUGAAGUCUUCCCGACGAUCUAUCGAAGCGGAUGCUUGGGGAUUUGCAUGUUUAUCAGCUGUUUUGGAGGGAUCGCGGCGGGAGCGGUGAGAUCUAUGGUAAGAAAAGUCUGUUUUGGGUGAAAAAUUACUUCAAAAUUUUGUAAAAAAAAUUUUGUAUAAGUCGCGUAUCAAUUUACAAAAAUUCUCUUUUUGACAAGAGAUCAUGGAAAAUAAGCAGAGACGGUCAGAGAAAAAAAAAAUUUUGUACGGUUUUCCCUUUGUACAACAAACAUCCAUACAAAAACCUAUCUUUAACGGGCAAUUUACAAAUUUUCAUGAGCCCUUAAGCAUUUCAAAACACCUAUGUCGUUCCGCAAACUGUAUUGAGAUUAUAAUUUAGAAUGCGAUUUCUCCCCAUCUUCCAAAUGUAAUCUUCGCGUUGGCGUCGUUACUCGCCGCUGCGUUGACAAUGCUACUGCCAGAGACAAAAGGAAAGGAAUUGCCAGACAAUACUGAAGAAAUGGAGAGAUUCUUCGGGCGGAAGAAGUGCGUCAAGAAAUAG